AAAUACCUUUCCUAAACUAAUCGAUACAUUUAUGUCAAUCUGGUCGAUUAAUCGAGGCAGAGUCCUAAGAUGUGCUUUAUUCAAAGUCUGAUUGUGCUAAUUUAAGAUAUAACAGUUUGGGAGACCUUAACUGAAGGCUGGAGUUUAAAAAUGCCGGGGUACAAAAUUUCGAGACAACGAAAGAGGAAAGGCACAAAAUUCAAGUACUAUUUCACAAACAGUCAGGGACAUCACAAGGAGACCACACAUAGGCAAGGAAGGGCUCAUAUUUUUCUCUCAAAUGUUUCGUCUACAGAUCGAGUUGCCUCACGUAAAACAGAAAACAGACUGGGAUUGUGGAUUGGCAUGUUCGUUGAUGGUUUUACAGAAGGUUUUGGGGAAUAAGUUCGAUAACUCGGAAUACGAAGAAAUUUGCGCGAAAAAGAAUUUUGGAAGCAGUGUUUGGACCAUAGACAUUGCUAGUAUUUUCACUGAGUACAGGGUUGAUUACAUUUUCUGCACGAAAACUUUAGGAGUAGAUCCAAGUUACGGGCAAAACUCGUUUUACGAAGGAACCUUCACCUUGGACGAAACAAGAGUAAAUCGCCUGUUCUCUCUCGCACCACAGUUAGAAUUAAAGGUUGAUAAAAGGAGUGUGUCAUUGGAAGAAAUUAUUUUAAGAUUGCUGAAGGGUUAUGUUGCCAUUGUUCUGGUGAACUCAAACGUUUUGAUUUGCCACUGGUGUGAAAUAUUUUCUCCAAAUAAACUAAGGAUGCUCACAUCCUGUAUAUGUGCAUCAAAUCAGAGUGACUAUUGUGGCCAUUACAUAGUAUUAUGUGGAUUUGAUGCAGAUAAGAGAUAUGUGUAUUACAAGAAUCCAUCAUUUAACGAAGUUCUUUGCUGUGCAAGAUAUGACAUGUUUGAAUCAGCACGAUGCAGUUAUGGAACAGAUGAAGACAUUGUGUUUGUCAAAGUAGAGGAACCUGAACUUUUGAAGGACACAUUUAUUAAUACUAAAAACAAAAUAUGAUUGAUGAAAGAUUUCAAACUGCAUAGCUAUUCUUAUGGCAAGAAUCACAUUCAAUUUUUUCUGAAGGAACAUUACUUUUAUGCCCAAUAGUAAAAUCUUUUCCCUUCAUAUCCCCUACUUUAUCUUCUUUCCCAUUUAUUUGUGUAACCUUUCACUCCCAAGAUCCCAUGAGUAAUUCUCCUACUGCCUGUCAUACAAUUCUUAUGAUGUUACUUCAGAGAAUUUAGAAUUGGAUCAACUAAUAAUCCCCAAAUUGAUAUUUUUCCUUUUUUCCCAUCACUCGUCUGCUUGAUCUUGUAAGGAGAAACUUUUGUCUUGGUCACUCAUGGGAGUUUAAAGGUUAACCCUUUAAACUAUGAGAGUGACUAGCAUCUAAUCUCUCCCUACAGUAUCACCCCUGAAUCACAUGUUAAGGUCAUGAGAAUAAAGUAAAUGAUCACCAACAAAAGCUUUUGAUUGGUUAACAAAUUCUCCCCAUCAGCACCUUAGGAAACGUAUAAAGAGCAGUAUGGAGAAUAUGCAUACUGAUUUUAAAGGGUUAACAUGGUUUUUCACAGGGCUUGUAAAGGUUUGAAUGAAAUUUGCUAGAAACAAGCCAAUGUGGGAACAUAGCAAAAUCCAAGAAUGUUUCUUUAAAUGAUUCUAGUCAUUACCGUUGAGUGUAAACAUGGGUUACACAUUGCAAUAAAAUAGGUCUGUUUUGAAAAAACCAUUAUCAGCUAUAUUUGAAACCACUCCUUUCAACAAAGAACAAAAAUAUUUUUAAAUUUUGUCAAACCUGUAUUAGUUAAUUUUAAUCUUUUUUUUUUAAUUUUUCAUAAAAAUUAGCCAAUAACAAAAACAGUGUAAUACCAAAGAAGGGUAUUCUUGAAACCUUAAAAUACUGGUCUCCAGUACAGUUUUGUUUGAAAUAACUGCUAUGGUUUAUUCAGUAACAUCAAUGCUGUAAUGACUCAUCCUUUUGCAAAUAUGUGAUCAAUUUAUAUAUUGAAUGUUGCUCAAUAAAUCCUCAUGUAACUUUCCAAUUAUGAUGUUCCCCAGAUUAGAAGAUGGGUAGAUAAUAAUGAUGUCCUUAUAUGUAAAAUAAUUUGUAAAAAAGUUAGGAUUUUAAUUAAGGAGAUGAGUGUAAGGAGAGAGUGUAAGAAAAGUAAAGUUGAGAUAGAAGUCAUAAAAACUGAAUCCUGUAAAUAACAUUUAUGGAUUGUUGACAUUGCAGUACUGAAUUAUUUGUAUUUGCCACAAAUAUUUAAGAAACUUCUGUAAUAAAUUUCUAUGAUAUUUUA